AUGGAAGGACGAACUCCCUCAGCCGGAUCUGAGUCGCGGCCGUAUAGGUCUGAAACGGAGAUCAUCUCCACCGGCGAAGAGAAGAAACUGAUCUCCGGCGGAGGUGGCAUCAUCGUCGGUACCCUUGAAGAUGGGGUUUGCAACAAUAGCUGCUGCGGCGGUGCAAAGAUCGGGAUCGAAAUGGGGUCGAUUCAUAGAGAAUCAAUUCUAAGUCGGAGGUUUUGUGAGCUGGAUGAAAGGUGGAUCGAAGGCUUGCAGUAUUUAUAA